UUCGCAUUUUGCAAAAUGAUUGCGUAACAUCAACAUUUGAAGCAUACUCGGGAAGUAAUUCGAUAUUAAACGAAAUCAGAUCAAUUACAACCAAAAUGAGCAACAAAACCAGAAUCUGUGAAUGCGAAUUGCUGACCUCAGAAAUGUCGAGGAGGAAUCGACAUUUGGAGUGUGUCGCAAAGAGUCCAACACCGAUAACGUCUUGUUUGGUUGAUUAGUAUAAAAAGGAGAGACGCGGCAAGAAGAAUUAUCAUUCACAUCGAUAUCUGCAUACCAUUCAAAUGGCUUUCAAGUUCAUCGUUUUCGCAGCUGUUUUGGCCUAUGCCAACGCUGGCAACCUCCUCAGUGCCCCAUUGGCUGCUCCUGUGGCAUAUGCUGCUCCAGCGGCCAUAGCUAAAGUUGCCACACCUAUUGCUGUAGCAAGAGCCGAACCAUACGACCCUAACCCUCAGUAUCAAUUUGGCUACGAUGUGCAAGAUUCCUUGACUGGAGACUCAAAGAGCCAGGUCGAAACUCGCAAUGGAGAUCUUGUGCAAGGACAAUAUUCUUUGAACGACCCUGAUGGUACAAGACGUAUUGUAGACUACACCGCUGACUCAAUCAACGGAUUCAACGCCGUGGUCCGCAAAGAACCCUUGGUAGCCAAAGCUGUAGUUGCUGCUCCAGCUGUUGCUGCUGUACGUGCUGCCCCAGUUCUGUCCGCUGCUCCUUUGAUCCGUUCAGCCCCUGUGAUUGCCCAGCCUGCUUUCUCGGCCCCAUUGAUCCGUUCUGCACCUCUGUUGGCUCAACCAGCAUACCAAACUACCCUGGUUCGUAAUGCUCCACUUCUCACCCAAUCGGCCUAUGCUUCCCCAGCUUUCCUGAGGUCUGCCCCCCUCUUGUCUGCUGGACCAGCCCUUGGGUAUUCCGCUGCCUACGGUAGAAUUGCCGGUCCUCUGGGAUACUCCACCCUUAUCCACUGA